AUGCUUCCCCCCCAUCAUAUCCCAGUACCCCAGCAGCACCAGUCUCUUCAUCUUCAGCAGCAGCAGCAGCAACAACAACAACAACAACAACAACAACAGGGUCAACAGUCCGACCCCCAUCAUCUCGGGAUGCCCCCUUUUACGGAGCAGAGAAAUUGGCUUCAGCAGCAACAACAAUUAAUGCAGAUGCGAAAUCAGUCGCAGAAUGGGCCCGACAUGCCAAACAAUUCGGUUUCUCAACAGAUGGUCGACUUGAUGCGAAACCAAAACAUGAAUCGCCUACAGUCCCAACAACAAAGUUUUGGUUUCAUGGGAAACCAAGGUCUCAAUCACAAUCAGCCCCCGUUUCUUGACCAACAGAGUCAAUCCAGUCCUCAGAACCGCAUGUCACCUCUCGGCUUUCCCAAUAACAUGGGUGGUCCUGGCGGCAUGCCACCAGGUCAAAAUCCGGCCAAUUUCAAUAUCAACCGCAAUAUGAUGCUGGCUCUGCAGAGGGACCAGAACAACUCUCGACAGUUGGAACUCAUGAAUCUCGCGCAAAAUCAACAGAACCAGAAUGGUCCGAUCAAUUUUGGCAAUCGAUUGGGGCCGACAGGUCUACCUCACCAGGCAGGUGGUUUCAAUGGAGGUGGGCCGCCUGGCAUAAGUCAAUCUGGAGGUCCUCCGCAAAACGAUCUGUUUCUCGCAGCUGGUGGUCCCGAUGCCAUGCGUCGUCCUUCUCCUCAUCCUCAUCCCCAGAAUCAGCCCUCCCAACCCUCAAAUCAGCCAGGCGGUGGACCUCCUGGUACGGGUGGCUAUUCCAAUGCACAACAAUCUCAGAUGGCCGCACACAUGAACGGAAAGCGUCUCAUUACUCUGCAUGAUCUUCAAGAGAGGCAGAACGCGAUGAGAAACGCCUUAACCCAGGUUGAAUAUCACAUAAGGAGUCUUACCGCUGCACGUCCGCAAAUGUCAGACCAGCUCUUCACUAACAAGAUUAGAGCGUUUCAAGCUGACCUCAAUCAGAAGAGGGAUGGUUUGGCGAGGAUCACACAGCUCAUUAAUCAGAUGACGAGCCAGGGCACCACGCAUAUGACACUACCCAUCAACCAACCUUCCGGUGGCCCAGCGGUCUCGGGAGGACAACCAUGGUUGCAGCAACCGAUGCAGACCAACCAGCCGCAGUCUUUCGGUACCCCUGGUAUGCCAGGCGGUCCGAGCAAUCAGUCGCCUCAGUCCCAGCCGAACGGACAACCCAGUCCUUCGCAAGUCCAUGCACAAGCUAUGAUGAACGGUGCUAAUCCUAUGGGCGUGGUCCGACCACCAGGUCAAUCACCCCACAAUCCCAAUGCGAAUCCCUUCCCUAACACAUCUUCCCCUUCCAACUUACCGUUUACUUCCAACAACGCACAGGGCACGCAGCCUGGUAUGCCUAAUCCUGGCGUGAACCCCAACCAUAUGGGAAAUGGCAUGUUAGGACCCUCAGCAGCGGCCUUGCAGCAACCAUUACUAGCUCUAUCUAAAGAACGGUUUGCCUCUAGCUACAAGAGUUUCUGUGCUUCCAAACAAAUCACACAUAACUCGCGUUUGCUGUCGAUAGAGAACUUGAAUAUCGAUCUACAUUCCCUCCAUACGGAAGUCAUGAAGGAGGGUGGCUUGGGACCAGUUCAACAAAAGGACCUUUGGGCAGUUAUUGCCGGUCGAAUGGGCUGUGUUCAAUUUCCAGGUACUGCCACUGAGCCGCCAAAAUCCGGACCAGCCGCUGCAAACCAUCUCGCUCAUAUUUACAAAGAGUACUUGGCCGAAUUCGACCGGAUGUAUAUGGCCUCCUUACAAGAUCAGAGACGGAAAGCUCUCUUGUUUCAACAAAUGAGCCAAAAUCCUCUGUUCAGCAAAGGCAUGAACCAACAACAAAUGGAAAUGCUCGUCGGUUGGGCAGAAGUACCAGCAACGGAGCUGAAAGCUAAAGGAAUGCCAGACGAAAUGAUUCGAAUGGUGGACAGCGCUCGACCGGUACUGCAGCUCAUGAGUCGGGAUCAGAACUUGUUCAAAUCCAUGACACAGUGGAUGGCCAAUCGGCACCAUCAGAUCACUCUCGGACAAGCCAACGGUGGUGCAAAACCGGGCGGCGGAUCGUUAAUGGGCCCCGAUGUUGGAAUACCUGGUCAGUCCGGUAUGCCUCCACAACAGCGUUCAAUGGGUGGCAUUGUUCCUGGCCAUUUUGCUAGCGGCAACAACAAUAUGUAUCCGAUUAAAGCUGACUUGCAAUCUUUUCCGCCCGGAUCGGCUCAGAGUGCGAAGAUGCAAGCUGCUUUGGCAGAAAUUCACGCCAUGAAGCAAGAGUAUUUGACGAAAGCUUCCAGCCUGGCACCUGUUGAUAUCUCGAACGAGCAACGCCUUGAAUAUAACAAUCUACUUGAGCAAGCUCACCGUACCGCUCAAGAUAUGGAGAGGAAACUACCUUUCUUCCACGUCGUGAUCUCGAAGCAACAGGAUACUAACACAAGGAAGUUGCUCACUUUGAUUAUGAAUAUCCAGCAGCAAAGGAUAAUGAUUGGAUAUAGCACACCCCGGUUUAUCAUAUCCCUUAACGACUUGCGGGCUGCACAAACCGUUCUUCACAAUGCCAGCGAGUACGUGUCAAAUGCUUGGAAACCUCCUGGAGGCGCUCCUGGCGGAAGUGUUGCCCCUCCCGGUGGUGCUCCUGGUAUACCUAUGGCCCGCCCCCCGACUCAGCCGCCAAUGAAUCAACCUCCCGUUCCCCAACACCCUUCCCCUCCGCAAGUUCCACCACCUCAACAACCUAGCCCUCAACUCAACCCCGUCGCCCGCCCUCCCGUCAACCUACAACCUCCUCCCCUCGGCAACAAGAAAAAAGGGAACCAGACGACUCCUAAGCUCGGCGCUGCUUCCCCGCCCAAUGCUGGCAUGGCAGCAACAGCUACUAGUGCUAUCAAUACUCCCACACCCCCUGCUAACCCUUCUACACCCGCCGCGAACGCACCCACUCCUACACACGCCAGUUCACCCCAAACCCCCAAAUCUCCGAGGAGUAAAGCAUCCGUGAAACCACCGAGAACGACCACCAACACCAAGCGACGACCGUCUAACACGCCCAAUACAAAACCGACCGUCACACCGACCGCCACACCUGUCACUGAGCCAGCGCAGAUACCCAGCGCGAACGGUUUAAAACGACCUCGAGAGGAGGAUGAAGGCCCCUCAGCGAACGUGCAGUCCACCUCUUUAUCUUCCGCUCCUGUAGGGUCAAGCUCGCAAACGAGUGUUGCCAACGAACCUUCACCGCCGAAGAAAUUGAAGUCGGAUUGGGACGGACCGCCGAGCGAAGCGCUCAUAAAGAAGGAGGAGACGGUUGAAAGUAUCAAGACUACGGAAGAUGCCAACGCCUUCCUAGAACAGAUGAUCAUACAGAUGUCGAAUGCUGAAGACGGGGGUCCCAAUUCGUUAUCUCUAGAUAUAUCCGCAACUAUUGACAUGAUUCUGAAGGGAUGCAGCACGGUGCCGGAUGACGGAAAUGGGAUGUCGUCGCUUCUCGGGAGUGACCUUGGAGCUAGUAACGGUGGUGUGUCAUCACCAAUCAAGGACGAAUUUGUGGAAUUCUUCGACUUUUCGUCCUAUGCUGCACAUGAAGAUGAUGAUGCGGGAUCCAAGGCCAAUACCCCAGAUCUCAUUCCCUCGUCGUCGACUAACCCAAGUCCCGAAUCUGAAGCAGACCCUGCACAUUCUACUGCAAUCCUGAGCGAAGUUAAAUCCGAAGAGUUUUCAGAUCCUUUAAGACUUGGUACGCUGAAGGAGAUCGAUGGAGGAGAGUCUGCGUAUUACCAAUCGAACGAGUGGAAAUGGGACCUGCCGAUGAACACUCUGGAGCAGCCGUGGCAUAUCUUCAAUUCAUAG